GGAGGGGCGGGGGGUGGGGGGGGUCGGGAGGAGAGGCGAUCCUCGGGGAGGUUCCUCCCCGAACGGCGGCAGCCUGGCCGGGCCCGAGAGCUGCCCGCGGUGGGGAGGGGAUAGCGGGGCGGACCCGGAGGACAUGGAGGGCGAGGAGGCCCCGUCAUGGCGGGGUCCCGGCGGGGCCGUGCGGGAGCUCUGCCGCUCCUUCGGCCACUACAACCGGCACCUGGCGCGGCUGCAGCACAACCUGCGAGAGACCAAGAGGUUCUUCCGCGACGUCAAGUUCUCCCAGGGACAUCCCUUCGCCUCGGCGCCUGCCGGUGACGGCCCCCGCUCCGCCUGGGAUGGGGAUGGGGGUCCCGGGGACGGCGGCCCCGGCCCCGUGUCGUUCCCGCGGCACGAGGAGGAGCAGCUGCAGCGCUCGGUGAGCUGGAGGCCCUGCCUGCUGAUCCUGGGCCAGAACUGCCGCGCCAAGGCCCGCCUGCUGAACGUGCUGCUGGGCCAGGAGCUGCUGCCCGCGCCCGGCACCCCGGAGCUGCUGCCUGCCGAGUGCUGCCGGCGCCGCCGGGUGCGCUUCACGCACGGGGCGCGGCCGCGGCUGAGCCUGGCGCUGCCCGGGCAGUACGAGCUGGUGCAGGCGCUGGUGGCACACAGCGGGCACUGGGACACCAUCCCCGAGCAGGACCUGCAGGUGCCCGGGGACGCCGAGGAUCCCGCGCAGAGGGUGGCAGAGCUGGAGGUGGUGCUGCCCUGCGCGCUGCUCAAGGAAGUGGACAUCGUGGUGGCUCCAUGCCGGGGCUUCCAGUCAGCUGAGGCCACCCUGGCCGAGUUUGUGAACCAGGUGCUGCCCGUCGUCACCUUCGCCAUCAGCGAGCCCCGGCUGUCCCCGUCGGACCAGGCAGAACUUCGGGAAAUCAAAGCAAAAUUCUCCCUGCCCAUCUUCUUCCUGCGAAUCCCCGAGGCCGGCGGCGAGCCGAGCUCUCCCAAAACCCCCGGGCGGGACAAAUCCCCGCUGCAGCUGCAGCUGCUGGAGCUGGGAUACCUGAGCCCCUCCGGCCCCUGCGGCUGCGGCGCUCCCGGCUCCUCCGUGCUGGUGGAGCAGCUGGAGAAGCUGCGGCUGCUGAGCUCCUUCUCCAGGCAGGUGCUGCAGCAGCACCUGGUGGAGGCGGCCACGAGGCUGAGCGAGGUGCACGGGCGCUGCCUCAACAUCUUCAUCAACCAGGCCUUCGACAUGCAGCGCGACCUGCAGAUCACCCCCAAGAGGCUGGAGUACACGCGCAGGAAGGAGAACGAGCUCUACGAGUCGCUGAUGGGCAUCGCCAACCGCAAGCAGGAGGAGAUGAAGGAGAUGAUCGUGGACACCCUGGGGAAUAUGAAGGAGGAGCUGCUGGAGGAUGCUGCCAGCAUGGAGUUCCGAGACAUCAUCAUUCCCGAGAGCGGCGAGCCCGUCAGCUCCAAGGACAUCAAGCGCUGCAUCCAGCAGAUCCAGGAGCUGAUCAUCUCCCGGCUGAACCAGGCUGUGGCCAACAAACUGAUCAGCUCCGUGGAUUACCUGAGGGAGAGCUUCGUGGGCACCCUGGAGCGCUGCCUCAAGAGCCUGGAGGAGUCCUGGGAGGGCUCCGUGCACCCGCCCCGGGGGCUGGAGAAACCCCGGGAUGGCUCCGUGCACAUCACCAGCAACUAUCUCAAACAGAUCCUGAACGCAGCCUAUCACGUGGAGGUGACGUUCCACUCGGGCUCCACGGUGACCAGGAUGCUGUGGGAACAGAUCAAACAGAUAAUCCAGCGGAUCACGUGGGUCAGCCCCCCGGCCAUCACCAGCGACUGGAAGAGGAAGGUGGCCCAGGACGCCAUCGAGAGCCUCAGCGCCUCCAAGCUGGCCAAGAGCAUCUGCAGCCAGUUCCGCACGCGCCUCAACAGCUCCCACGAGGCCUUCGCCGCCUCCCUGCGCCAGCUGGAGGACGGCCACUCGGGCCGCCUGGAGAGGACCGAGGACCUGUGGCUGCGCGUCAGGAAGGAGCACGCGCCGCGGCUGGCCCGGCUGUCCCUGGAGAGCAGAUCCCUGCAGGACGUGCUGCUGCACGGGAAGCCCAAGCUGGGCAGGGAGCUGGGCCGAGGCCAGUACGGGGUGGUGUACCUGUGUGACAGCUGGGGGGGACACUUCCCCUGCGCCCUCAAAUCCGUCGUCCCUCCGGAUGAGAAACACUGGAACGACCUGGCACUGGAAUUUCACUACAUGAGGUCCCUGCAGUCCCACGAGAGGCUGGUGCACCUGCACGGCUCCGUUAUCGAUUAUGGCUACGGAGGAGGCUCCAGCAUUGCUGUGCUGCUGAUCAUGGAGAGGCUGCACAGGGACCUCUACACAGGGCUGAAGGCUGGGCUGGAGCUGGAGCCUCGGCUGCAGAUUGCGUUGGAUGUGGUGGAAGGGAUCCGCUACCUGCACAGCCAGGGCUUGGUGCACAGGGACAUCAAACUCAAAAACGUCCUGCUGGACAAAAAGAAUAGGGCCAAAAUCACAGAUCUGGGCUUCUGCAAACCCGAGGCGAUGAUGUCUGGCAGCAUCGUGGGCACCCCCAUCCACAUGGCUCCCGAGCUCUUCACAGGGAAAUACGACAAUUCCGUGGAUGUUUAUGCCUUUGGGAUCCUGUUCUGGUACCUCUGCUCGGGCCACGUGAAGUUACCUGAGGCUUUUGAGAGGUGUGCCAGCAAAGAUCACCUGUGGAACAACGUCAGGAGAGGGGUGCGUCCCGAGCGCCUGGCGGUGUUUGACGAGGAAUGCUGGCAGCUGAUGGAAGCCUGCUGGGACGGGGACUCCUCCCAGCGGCCUCUCCUGGGAAUCGUGCAGCCCAUGCUCCAGGGAAUCAUGGACCGGCUCUGCCGGGCCGCCUCCGAGCAUCCCAACAAAGGCCUGGACGACUCCACCUGAGCGGGAAUUGCGGCAGCGGUUCGGGAAUUGAGGCGGGAUUUUGGGAAUUCCAGCCCCGCCUCCGCCGCGGAGCUGCGAGCCAGCCCCGAGGGGGGACAGGGAGGGGCCCAGGGGGUGACAGCUCCAUCCCAAUCCCACCCCGUUACAUCCCUAUGGAAUUGGGACAGGGAGGGGCUCAGGGGGUGACAGCUCCAUCCCAAUCCCACCCUGUUACAUCCCUAUGGAAUUGUUUGGGACAGGGGGGUGACAGCUCCAUCCAGUCCCACCCUGUUCUCCCUAUGGAAUCGAGGGAUGGCAGAUGGAAAACCCAAACCCUUCGGGCCCGCGGGGGAGCUUUGCCAAUCCCACCCCAAGCCUUGGGGAGGGAUCCACGGGAUGGGACAAACCCCUUCCCAAAUCCCCAGGGGAGCCAUCCUGCUCCUCCCUGUGCCGCUGGCAGCGAUUCCAGAGUGCUUGGAGAGGAAGGAAAAGGCACCAGAGUUUAGGAUCGGGGCGUGUUGGGAAGCUCCGAGGAGCUGGAGAUGUUUACAUGGACAGGAGCGAAGCUUCCGUGUUUUUUUUUCUAUGGGGACUCGGAAAACCCCACCUGGAUAAGCUAUUGAUCCCUAAUCCCACCUUUCCCUCCUUUUCCCCCCUCUCCUUUGCUUCCUUCAGUUUCUUGGAGUGGCUGGAGAAGCCUUCCCCUGCUCCCGCCCUGCGUUCCUCGGAGGUUCCUCUUGGUAGCACCACAAAAAGUCCUUAAAAUUCUGGAUUCUUCCCUGGGGGAAAGUGCCAAAAUUCCUUAAAAAAAAAAAAAUCAGGAUUUGGGGCUUGGAAUUCCUGGGGUUGUCGUGGCAGUUUGAAACUGGGCUGAGUGUGCACAGGAAGAUUUUAAAAAACGAGGAUUUUUCCAGCUUUGUUUUUUUCCGAGUUGGAUGGGAAGAAAGAUCCUUCCUUCUUCCCCUCGCUUUCACUCCAGGCUGGAAUUUGGUUGGAAUAAAAUAAUAAUAAAAAAAAAUGGGGAUAGGGAAGAAGGGGGAUCCCGGGCAAGCUUGUCUUUCCCAAAUUCCUGGAAAUCCCAGUUUGCUUCCUGCAUUUUUGGGGUGGAACUGGAGCAGGAAACGCCCCUGGGCGGCUCCACGAGGAACUGAGGAGUUGGGAAUUCUCCCUGGAGUUGCCAGGGAAGAGGGAAGGUGGAAUUCCUUGGCUGAAAUUCCAGCGGCCGAGGAUGGGUUGAGUGGGAAUCUUCUCCUUUCUUUGUGCAAUAAAAAAUGGAUUCAGGAGCUUUUUAUGGAGAAAGAAAAAUAAAAACAAAACAAAAAAAAAAAAACACAAAAAAAACCAAAACAAAAAAA